AUGGGCGGCAACGAUGGUACCCGAGACCGUCGUCGCUCCCGUAGUGCGUCGGCCGCGGUCACAGCACGAGGCUCCGCCGGCCCCUCGCCCGCCAGACCUGCUUAUAAUAACGAUAGAGACAGUCCCUGGACAGCGCUCUCAAUAGCAGCCCGCGCCAAGAACGUGCAGAUAGUGGAACUACUCCUGCAGCACGGAGCCACCGACCCUCACUGCCGCGCCAUCCGCGAGUGCAGCAGACACUCGCUCACCGAGCUGCUGGCUAAGCUGCUCGCUACUAAGGCAUACCCCGACCCUGACUACAAGCUGAACAAGUCAAUGAUAUCUGAAGCGCUAUUCAGCAGUCGUUCAGGUGACUCCGCGCUGACGUACAGUUCUCUCUGUCCCACUGUCGCUGUCAUGCUCAACUGGAGAGAGCUGAGAGCUCAGCUCGCUACCAUACGCAUGUCCUGGCUCCGUCAAGCAGCUCUCCGCGUGAACAGCAAGUUGAGCAGCAGUUCCGGAGCCCUGCACGCUCUCACCAGGAUAGAUCUAUCCAACAACGAGCUGAGGCUGCUGCCUCCUGAACUCUUCACCAUGCUGAGCUUGAGGUACUUAAACGCAGCUCAAAAUAAACUAGAACGUCUCCCAACCCUCGAGGAUCCGUUCGAAGAAGAUCUGGACAGCAAGAGACGGAAGAAGAAGUCCAAGACCAGACCCGAGCUGUACUCCGCGCCUGUGCUGCAAGAGUUGUAUUUACAGGAUAACCGCCUAGAAGAACUACCAGCUCUCCUAUUCCGUCUGCCCAGUCUCUCAACCCUGGACGUAUCAAACAACAAGUUACGAGCUCUUCCUGCAGCCAUGUGGAGUGCUCCAGCACUGAGAGACCUGAAUGUAGCCCUCAACCAUCUGAGGGACCUGCCCCAGGGCUGCGAGGGUCAAUCAGAAUGCGGUAGUCCCCAGCAGCUGGCAUCACCGUCGGAGACUUCGCCCCAGCUUAGUGCUUCGCCCUCUAUAGGCAGUGCUCAGUUCGCUAUGGCUACACAAUCUAAAUCAUCAUCGCGCAGCCCGUCGAUCGAGCGCAGCGAGUCGGAGGCCGCUGAUGAUGAUGAUGAUGAAGCUGUUCCCGUGCUCAGCAACCGCGCUGGGAAUGCUGUCUGGUCGGAAGCGCGUCGCGCUCACACGUGGCGCGGCGUGGUGGAGGGCGGAGCACCCCCGCGGGGCGGAGCGCCGCUGGCGUGCCUCAACCUGGCGCACAACCAGUUCACGUGCGUGCCCGCCGCCCUCGCCUGCAGGGCUACUAACCUUACUAGGCUUAAUAUGGCUUAUAAUUCGCUGAGGUCUAUGUCAUACGUGACUGCCUACCCUACGAGUUUGCGGCAACUGGAUCUAAGUCACAACGAAAUUACCUGCUGGCCUAGUUUACCUCAAGUAAGUGCAUUCAGGUAUCUGUGGAGAUCUAAGGGGGAGGCCUAUGUUCAGCAGUGGACGUCCGCCGGCUGA